AUGUAUGCUCUAAAGUACUCACAUGCCUCGAAGAUCAAUGCGUUGAAUUUACCACGCGUAGUACGAAAUGGAACCGGACCCAUCGAUCUGUCUUGCGUAUACGACGUUAGAUCGGACGAAAAUGGUCUUGUGGUGAAAUGGUAUCAAAAUAUGGACCAGGUUUAUCAAUGGAUACCACCGAUGUUACCACAGGAUGUCGGAGUUAUAAACGGGUUGGCUGAAUAUCCCGAAGAAAAUUUAAGGCAGCCGAAUUCGCGAUCUGUCAUUCGUUUAAGAACGGUUACCGUCGAGAUGGGCGGUGAAUAUACGUGCACGAUCAGCACAUUUCAGGAAGAAGACUCGAAGAGAUCAAGAAUGAUCGUUUACGCACCAGAAAAAGACGCAACCAUUCAUGUUUCUUCCUUCAAUGAAACUCACUUGAAUCUCACGUGCGUGGUGAACGGGGCACAACCGCGACCAUUUUUGAAAUUUUACGUGGAGGGAGUCGAGGUUCAUGAUUACUAUGACAGAACUGAGAAAACUGAAUGGUACAGGAAGGAUCUUUCCGUCAAAGUCGUGAUCAUCAGGAAUACUUUCGAACCGAUGCUACUGGACUGCGAGGUCUCUAUUCCGCAAACGGAAUACAAACGAAGAGAGAGGAUUGUCUAUUAUCCCGCUCAAUCUCUGUCGCAAACGAGCACCUUAUCAAGGAGUCACCAACAGACGUCUAUAACCACCUACACCGUCAUUACCUUUCCGUGUAUAUUAAUAUUACUAACGACAUAUUAA